UCAACACCGUAGUCCCUUCCUUCCCAGCAGAGAAACGCCCAUCAAAACCGUUUUCUUUUGUUCGUUUCCUAAUUUCCCGGCUUUCCCUCCCCUCCAACAUUAUUUCACUCUCAGUCGCAGAUUCCCUUCUCCCUCCCUUAUCUCCUCCCUCCGCCACCGUCCCCACACAAAAAAAUCUCCUCCUUCCGCCAUUUCCCCUCGGGCCAGCAAUCCAGCUCCGUGACUACACUCCUCAAUCCUCCCAAUCGAGAAUUCCUGAAUUUCCAAUGGAAGCGGCCGCUGCAUCAGCUCCCUUCAGCAACACCUACUACUACAUUCCUCCUCUCGCCUUCCUCUCUAGGGUUUCCAUUUCCCUCCACCCCGCCUCCCGCCGCCACCAACAACAACGACACCAGUUCUUUCGCCGCUCCUCCUCCUCCUCCAUCCCGUUCUCUCGUGGCCGCAGCUGCUGCUUCGCGUCCAGUCCGGAGGCCUUGGUCUCCGCCGCCAAUUCAGCUCCCGGACGUGGAGUUGCGAACAAGAGAGGUGGAGGAGACGGUGAGGAGAAGGACGAGUGUGGCGAUUUGAAGUCGUGGAUGCAUCAGAACGGUCUCCCUCCUUGCAAAGUCGUUCUUAGAGAUAGGCCGUCCCUCGACGAGAAGCUUUGCUCCAUUCAUUAUGUCGCAGCUAGCGAAGAUCUUCAGGCUGGGGAUGUGGCGUUUUCCGUCCCGAAUUCUCUCGUUGUGACGCUCGAUCGGGUAUUAGGAAAUGAGACAGUAGCGGAAUUGUUGACGACGAACAAGCUAUCGGAGUUGGCAUGCUUGGCAUUGUAUUUGAUGUACGAGAAGAAGCAGGGGAAGAAGUCGUUCUGGUAUCCGUACAUACGAGAGCUUGAUCGUCAGCGAGGUAGAGGUCAACUUGCUGUGGAAUCUCCAUUACUGUGGUCGGAGGCUGAGUUGGCUUACCUGACUGGCAGCCCUACUCAGGCUGAAAUCAUCGAGAGGGCAGACGGAAUCAAAAGAGAAUAUGAUGAGCUUGAUACAGUAUGGUUUAUGGCUGGUUCUUUGUUUCAGCAAUACCCCUUUGAUAUACCAACAGAAGCAUUUUCCUUUGAGAUUUUCAAACAAGCUUUCGUUGCUGUUCAGUCAUGUGUGGUGCAUUUGCAGAAAGUCAGCUUGGCUCGUAGAUUUGCUUUGGUUCCUCUGGGGCCUCCCUUGCUAUCAUACAGAAGCAGUUGUAAGGCAAUGCUAAGUGCUGUAGAAGGUGCUGUUGAACUGGUAGUUGAUCGCCCAUACAAGGCCGGGGAACCCAUUGCUGUCUGGUGUGGACCGCAACCCAAUUCAAGAUUGCUUAUAAACUAUGGUUUUGUUGACGAGGAUAAUCCUUAUGACCGCCUCAUGAUCAAGGCUGCAUUAAACACUGAGGACCCUCAAUAUCAGGAGAAAAGAUUGGUUGCUCAAAGAAAUGGCAAACUCUCCAUGCAAGAUUUUGUGGUUCAAGUGGGGAAGGAAAAGGAAGCUGUCUCAGAUAUGCUUCCUUAUCUACGAUUAGGCUACGUAUCAGAUACUUCUGAAUUGGAAUCCGUCAUGUCCUCGCAGGGUCCAGUUUGUCCAGUUAGCCCCUGCUUGGAGCGGGCAGUAUUGGAUCAGCUUGCUGAGUAUUUCAACAAGCGCCUGGCUUUGUACCCAACUAGCUUAAGCGAAGACGAAUUGAUGUUGGCGGAUGAUAAGUUGAACCCAAAGAAGAGAGUUGCCACUCAGCUAGUGCGGUUGGAAAAGAAAAUACUUAACGCGUGUCUGGAGGCAACUCGUGAUCUGAUAGCACAGCUACCUGAUCUCACAAUCUCACCAUGUCCAGCUCCUUAUGCUCCUUCGUUGAAAUGAGAAAGAGGUUGCAGAAUAUCUUUCAUUGGCUCAGGAAUCUUAAAGAAGUUUUUCGCUAGAAGGGUAAUAUGGUCAUCAGUAUACAAAGCAGGACGAAGGCUGGUGUAUUGAAAUGUGACAAACCAGAUAUCUUUACUGCCAUUUGUUUUGGUUUGCAAUUUUGAACUAUGCUGAAGACUCUAUUAUUGUGUUUGCAGGGUAAAGAAUUCUGAACGGAAGAGAUAUGGAGCUCAGUGGUGGUUCAUGGGCAUAGCUUCAAGUCUUCUGGUUGCUGCCUUUUUCAUUUUGAUUUUGUUUUCCCAUUUCCAGUCCUUUUACUGUGCAGCAGUUAGAUGAAAAAAAUUCUCCUCCUCUUCUUCUGUAUAGCGACUCAGCAGUACAAGCAAAUGACAGGCCAAGGCCGAUCAAUCGUGUACAUUACUACUGGUAAGGUUUUCUUUCAGAAGACCAAAAGUGGAGUAAGCUUUCAAUUUCCGUUUUCAAAAAGCUGAGAGGGAGAGAAAGACAAAGGAAGGCCGCGCCGCCGGGAGAAAGCUGGAAUCAAAGAAAGCGGUUUGACUCCCCCGCCGGCGGGAAACGAAUUUCGUCCCGAAGGAAGUCCUCUACACUGUCAAGCAAAAAUGAGCGCCAACUCGCGGGGGCCACGGCCCACGCGCGGCCGCAAUCCUCCGCCGCACCAACGGCCGCAGCCGGAGGUUUUCAACAUAAUCCCAAUCCACGACCUCCUCACGGACCACCCGUCUCUACGCUAUCCGGAAGUACGAGCCGCGGCGGCGGCGCUGCGCGCAGUCGGCGACCUCCGGAAACCACCGUUUCUCCCCUGGGAGCCGCACUACGACCUCCUGGACUGGCUCGGCUUGCUAUUCGGCUUCCAGCGCGACAGCGUGCGGAACCAGCGAGAGCACUUGGUACUCCACCUCGCCAACUCGCAAAUGCGACUCCAGCCGCCGCCGUCGUUGCCGGACGCCCUGGACCCCACCGUGCUCCGCCGCUUCCGCCGGAAGCUACUAACGAACUACACCUCCUGGUGCUCGUACAUCGGCAGGAGGUCCCAGCUCAUCCUCUCCGGCCGGCCUAGCAGCGACGACCUAAUCCGCCGCGAACUGCUCUACGUCGGGCUCUACCUUCUAAUUUGGGGCGAAUCUGGAAACCUAAGGUUCAUGCCGGAGUGUCUCUGCUACAUCUACCACCACAUGGCCAUGGAGCUCAACCAAUUCCUCGACGAGUGGACCGAUCCAGAAACUGGUAGGGCUUUCCUCCCUUCAAUCUCCGGCGAGUGUGCGUUUCUGAAAUCGGUAAUCAUGCCUAUUUAUCGGACGUUGAAGUCCGAAGUGGACAGCUCCAGGAACGGGACGAAGCCCCAUUCCGCUUGGAGAAACUACGACGACUUGAAUGAAUUCUUCUGGAGCAGGAGGUGUUUCAAGAAGCUGAGAUGGCCUUUGAAUUUCAGUAGCAAUUUCUUCGAUACGGUGGAUAAGAUUCAUAGAGUUGGCAAGACUGGUUUUGUAGAGCAGAGGUCGUUCUGGAACUUGUUUCGGAGCUUCGAUAAGCAGUGGGUACUGCUGAUUCUGUUCCUGCAAGCGAGCAUUAUCGUUGCUUGGGAGGAGACUAAGUAUCCUUGGCAUGCAAUUGAGCGAAGAGCAGUCCAAGUUAAGCUUCUGAGUUGCUUCAUUACAUGGAGUGGGUUGAGAGUUCUGCAAGCUGUGCUAGAUGCUGGAACUCAGUACAGCCUUGUCACUAGGGAGACAUGGUUGUUGGGGCUGCGAAUGAGCUUGAAGUUUGUGGUGGCAGUGGCAUGGACGGUUGUGUUUGGGGUCUUCUAUGGGAUGAUAUGGAGGUCGGGGAGUUCAAACGAAGCUGACCAGAGGAUCACUAUGUUUCUCCAAGCAGUGCUGGUCUUCGUUAUCCCGGAAUUGCUUGCCAUUCUGCUCUUCAUACUCCCAUGGAUUCGAAAUGCCAUUGAAGAGUGGGAUUGGAGUUUUGUAUACUUGUUCACGUGGUGGUUUCAUACCAGAACAUUCGUAGGCCGGGGACUUCGAGAAGGGCUCGUUGACAAUGUCAAGUACACUGUGUUCUGGAUACUGGUUUUAGCUUCAAAGUUUGUGUUCAGCUACUUCCUCCAGAUCAAGCCUAUGGUUGCUCCGACGAAGGCGAUUCUCAAGGUCAACAUUUUUCAGUAUAAGUGGCAUGAGUUCUUUGGCCAUAGCAAUCGAGUUGCAGUGGUAGUAAUGUGGAUGCCUGUGAUGCUGAUCUACUUCACCGAUUUGCAAAUUUGGUAUGCCAUCUUCUCCUCCUUUGUUGGAGCCACCGUAGGCUUGUUCUCCCACUUGGGCGAGAUAAGGAACAUUGGUCAGCUCAGACUCCGGUUCCAGUUCUUCGCCAGCGCAAUGCAGUUCAAUUUAAUGCCCGAGGAGCAACUUCUCGGCCCGAAGAUGAACCUAGUGAAGAAGCUUCGAGACGCGAUUCACAGAUUGAGACUGAGAUACGGGUUCGGCCAACCUUACACGAAGAUUGAGUCGAGCCAGGUGGAGGCCACGAGGUUUGCAUUGAUAUGGAACGAGAUCAUGACGGCUUUCAGGGAAGAGGAUUUGAUCAGUUAUAAAGAGCUCGAGCUCCUGGAGCUUCCGCCGAACUGCUGGAACGUUAGAGUGAUUCGCUGGCCGUGUGUUCUUCUCUGCAAUGAGCUACUGCUAGCUCUGAGUCAGGCGCUCGAGCUGGCUGAAGCACCCGACAGUUGGAUUUGGUUGAAGAUCAGCCAGAGCGAGUACCGGCGCUGCGCUGUAAUCGAGGCGUAUGAUUGCAUCAGGUAUUUGUUGCUUUCGGUGGUGAAGUAUGGUUCAGAAGAGAACUCCAUUGUUGGGAAAUUCUUCAACGAGGUAGAUGGCCACAUUCAAAUUGGAAAGUUUGCUGAGAAUUACAACCUUUGCCUGCUUCCCAAGAUACACUCCAAGGUAAUACAAUUAGUUGAGCUUCUGCGGAAACCCAGGAAAGAUGAGAGGGCAACUGUGGAUGUAUUGCAGGCAUUGUACGAACUUUGUGUUCGUGAGUUCCCGAAGUUGAAGAGGUCCAUUCCGGAACUGAGAAAUGAUGGUUUAGCCUCCCAGCGUGAAACAGAGCUGCUCUUUGAGAAUGCUGUUCAGUUCCCCGACGCUGAAGAUGAGUUCUUCAAUCGACAACUGAGGCGUGUGCACACAAUUCUCACAUCACGAGAUUCCAUGCACGACGUUCCUAAGAACAUCGAGGCGAGACGGCGAAUUGCUUUCUUCAGCAAUUCUCUGUUCAUGAACAUGCCACGUGCGCCAAAUGUCGAGAAGAUGAUGGCGUUCAGUGUGCUGACACCUUACUAUGACGAAGAGGUUUGUUUUGGGAAAGAGAAUCUUCGCACUCCGAAUGAGGAUGGAAUCUCGAUCCUGUUUUAUCUGCAGAAGAUCUAUGAGGAUGAGUGGAGGAACUUCAUGGAGAGAAUGAAGAGGGAAGGAAUGGAGGACGAGGAUGAUGUGUGGGACAAGAAAUCAAGGGAUCUUCGUCUUUGGGCUUCGUACAGAGGGCAGACAUUGUCGCGAACUGUUAGAGGGAUGAUGUAUUAUUACAGGGCUCUGAAGAUGCUUGCCUACCUUGAUUCGGCCUCUGAGGUUGAUAUUAGGGCGGGAACGCAGGAGAUUGCUUCUCAUCAUUCAUCGAGGAGGAACAACCGACAGUUGGGUGAUGAUGGUCUGAACUCUGCCGGAGGGGGAGGAGGAGAGAGACCAUCAUUGAGGAAGCUGGGCAGAGCAACGAGCACCGUGGGGCUCUUGUUCAAGGGACACGAGUAUGGGAGCGCGCUCAUGAAGUUCACCUACGUUGUUGCUUGUCAGGUCUACGGGCAGCACAAAGCCAAGGGUGAUCCUCGAGCCGACGAGAUCCUCCACCUGAUGAAGAACAACGAGGCACUUCGAGUUGCGUACGUCGAUGAGGUCCACUUGGGGAGAGAUGAAGCCGAGUACUACUCCGUCCUCGUGAAGUAUGAUCAAGAACAGCAGAGAGAAGUCGAGGUAUACCGUGUCAGGCUGCCCGGUCCUCUCAAGCUCGGGGAAGGGAAGCCCGAGAAUCAAAACCAUGCAUUCAUCUUCACUCGCGGAGAUGCAGUUCAGACCAUCGACAUGAACCAGGACAACUCCUUCGAGGAAGCUCUCAAGAUGAGGAAUCUGCUGGAGGAGUUCAAGGUACAUUAUGGAAUCAGGAGGCCGACGAUCUUGGGUGUUCGUGAGAACAUCUUCACCGGUUCGGUUUCCUCUCUUGCCUGGUUCAUGUCUGCUCAGGAGACGAGCUUUGUGACUCUUGGCCAGAGAGUUCUGGCGAAUCCUUUGAAGAUUAGGAUGCAUUAUGGUCAUCCGGAUGUGUUUGACCGGUUCUGGUUCAUGCCACGUGGCGGGGUCAGCAAAGCUUCUCGGCUGAUCAAUAUCAGUGAGGAUAUAUUUGCUGGGUUCAACUGUACCCUUCGAGGAGGCAAUGUGACUCAUCAUGAAUAUAUACAGGUGGGCAAAGGCCGGGAUGUCGGAUUGAACCAGAUAUCAAUGUUUGAAGCCAAGGUAGCAAGUGGCAACGGCGAGCAAAUAUUAAGCCGAGACGUCUACAGACUAGGCCACAGAUUGGAUUUCUUCCGAAUGCUCUCGUUCUACUACACUACAGUUGGCUUCUUCUUCAACACAAUGGUGGUCGUACUAACCGUCUACUCCUUCCUCUGGGGCCGUCUCUACCUCGCUCUCAGCGGCAUAGAAGGCUACGCCAUGGAAACUAGCAAGAACAACAAGGCCUUCGGCGUAAUCCUGAACCAGCAGUUCUUCAUCCAGAUCGGCCUCUUCACCGCCCUCCCCAUGGUGGUUGAAAACUCCCUCGAGCAUGGCUUUCUCCCUGCCGUCUGGGACUUCUUGACCAUGCAGCUCCAACUGGCAUCUGUCUUCUACACUUUCUCCAUGGGCACCCGAGCCCAUUUCUUCGGCCGGACCAUCCUUCACGGUGGUGCCAAGUACCGUGCCACUGGCCGCGGGUUCGUGGUCCAGCACAAGAGCUUUGCUGAAAAUUACAGGCUCUACUCUCGAAGUCACUUCGUCAAGGCCAUUGAGCUCGGUGUGAUUCUCAUAGUCUACGCAGCUCACAGCCCCAUGGCACAGGACAGCUUUGUUUACUUGGCGAUGACGUUAUCAAGCUGGUUCCUCGUCUUGUCGUGGAUCAUGGCCCCAUUCGUUUUCAACCCGUCAGGAUUUGACUGGUUGAAGACGGUAUAUGACUUUGAGGACUUCUUGAAUUGGAUAUGGUACAAAGGUGGCGUGUUCACUAAGGCAGAGCACAGUUGGGAGACCUGGUGGUACGAGGAACAGGACCAUUUGCGAACCACGGGACUCUGGGGUAAGCUCUUAGAGAUCAUCCUCGAUCUCCGGUACUUCAUGUUCCAAUACGGCGUCGUGUACCAGCUCAACAUCACCGGCGGGAAGACCAGCAUUUCAGUUUACCUGCUGUCGUGGAUUUACAUGAUCGCGGUGAUGGGGAUCUAUGUCGUGAUGAUGUACGCUCAAGAGAGAUUUGCGGCGAAGGAGCAUAUCAAGUACAGGCUGACACAGCUCGUGGUGAUCUCGAUGACCGUGCUUGUACUGACUCUAUUGUUGGACUUUACGUCGUUCACGUUGCUGGAUUUGGUCAGCAGCAUGCUGGCGUUUGUGCCCACAGGGUGGGGGCUGAUAAGCAUUGCUCUCGUGCUGAGGCCUUUUUUGGAGUCUACAGUGGUUUGGGAUACGGUGGUUUCGUUGGCGAGGAUUUAUGAUCUGCUGUUUGGAGUGAUUGUGAUGGCCCCCGUGGCGUUGUUGUCGUGGUUGCCAGGGUUUCAGGCCAUGCAGACGAGGAUUCUGUUCAACGAGGCCUUUAGUAGGGGCCUGCAGAUUUCCAGGAUUCUUAGUGGGAAGAAAACCAAUUGAUGGGUCAAGCAAGCUAAGGACCAGUUCAUGGGUGACAAUUGCUCUGAAAGGAACAGCCCUUUGAAAAUGGCAGAUCUUUUUUCUGGAUGGGAAGACAGAGCUCACAUUUCGCUGGGGACACUGAUGUUUCGUAUCCCUCGUAAGACGAGUCAUUAACAAGACAACAAGGGCACCCAAAAACCUGGCAUUGACCGUGGAAGAGAUGUAGAAUUCACUAUGCUUUCUCUGUGUUCGAAUGCUGACAAACACGCUUGCCGUUGGAUGAAUCUGCAUUCAGAUUUGUUAUCCAUGUUCAAGAGCCUGCUGGUUUUCCCUUUCCAAUUGGGCGUUGUUCAUAUUCUGGUACUACUCUCCCACUUAUUUCAGUCCUUCCUACGCCGAAAUUGUAUGAAGUUCUCGCAUCCUCUGUAUAUCACGUAGCAUUGCUAGCGAUUAAGGUUGUACAUUACUAGAGAAGGACUAGGUAGCUAAUUCCUUUUGUUAGUAAUAGCCUAAUAAUAGGCCUCGUUGAAACAAACCAGCUAGCUAAUUCAGCAGCUCUCAGUGAAUUGUAAAUGAUUUUGAUUCAAA